AUGCCGAAGACCCACUGCCCAAGAUUAAUCUUCAUUCGACAUGGCCAGACGGAUUGGUCUUUGUCCGGAAAACAUACGUCCUUUUCAAAUCUAGAUCUUACGAAUUUUGGAGAAUUACAAAUGGAAAAAACUGGAGAGUUAUUAAUUGGUGAACAUGAAUCUCAAAUGAUAAAGCCUCAAAAUAUCGUUCAAAUAUUUUCAAGUCCUAGAUUAAGAGCAAGACAUACUACUCAAUUGUUGUUGAAAGCUAUCCCUCCGGAAAUAAGAUCGAAAAUUCCAGUCGAGUAUGAUGAAGAUAUAACUGAAUGGAAUUAUGGGCAAUAUGAAGGUUUAACGACGGCAGAAAUCAGAAAAUCAAGACACGAUAGAGGCAUUGAUCCACCAGAUCAUGAUUGGUCUAUAUGGAGUGACGGUUGCGAAGGUGGUGAAAACUAUAAAAAAGUCACAACAAGGUUGGAUAGAUUUAUCCAGAAAGUCAGAUCGAUUCACGUGAAAGCAUUGAACGAUGGUCAACCUUGUGAUAUUAUAGUUGUUGGCCACGGUCAUAUAUUAAGAUCUUUAGUUGCAAGAUGGGUGUCGAGGGAGAUCAAUACCGAUCCUGCUUUAAUGUUGGACGCGGGUGGUGUCGGAGUAUUGAGUUAUCAACAUCAUAACAUUGAUGAACCGCUGAUUUAUUUGGCUGGUGCUUUUAGAGUUCCAGUUGAACAAAAAGGAGCUGACGUGUGA